AUGAAAAUGAAUGUGGUCGAUGACCUCGUAAUUCGAUCCGAACCAGCUUACACUGAAGCCGAUCCCACUCCUGACGCAAUUGGUCUUGAGUUUGUGCGUCAAUAUUACACAAUUCUAUCCAAGUCUCCCGGAUGCGUGCAUAAGUUCUACAGCCAUGAAUCGGUAUUCGUGCACAAUGACGUAACCGUGAUAGGACAGCAGAAGAUCAAAAAUUGCAUCGAACAGCUGGUGGAGGCAAACAAUAGAUUCAAGAUCCAUUCUGUGAAGGGAUCGUUUACAUCUCAUAAGGGGAUCGUCCUGCAAGUUUGUGGCGAAGUCGCCACUCGUCGCUUCUUCCAAACGUUCAUCUUGGGACAGCAAAGCGCGAAGAAAUUCUAUGUGCAGAACGAUAUCUUCCAAUUCCUAGAUGUGGCAUUCCAUAGUGAAUCGCAGGGUUCUCCAGCACCUGCAGCUCCUAACGAGGCCGCUGUCACAGAGGCACAGUCGGUUGAUAUCGAUCUCGUACAAAAUGGCCACAAUCAUUCUCAUUCGUCGAUAGCCCUUAGUUGUGAGGAAACGCCUAUCCUAACAAGUGUUGUUUCUCAUGCAAAGGCUAGUCCAACCAAAAACCCACCUGCACUGGCAACUGAAGUUUGUGCGUCAAUAUUACACAUUCUAUCCAAGUCUCCCGGAUGCGUGCAUAAGUUCUACAGCCAUGAAUCGGUAUUCGUGCACAAUGACGUAACCGUGAUAGGACAGCAGAAGAUCAAAAAUUGCAUCGAACAGCUGGUGGAGGCAAACAAUAGAUUCAAGAUCCAUUCUGUGAAGGCGAUAUGCUAUACGAAGUUAUUACGAAUCGUCCUGCAAGUUUGUGGCGAAGUCGCCACUCGUCGCUUCUUCCAAACGUUCAUCUUGGGACAGCAAAGCGCGAAGAAAUUCUAUGUGCAGAACGAUAUCUUCCAAUUCCUAGAUGUGGCAUUCCAUAGUGAAUCGCAGGGUUCUCCAGCACCUGCAGCUCCUAACGAGGCCGCUGUCACAGAGGCACAGUCGGUUGAUAUCGAUCUCGUACAAAAUGGCCACAAUCAUUCUCAUUCGUCGAUAGCCCUUAGUUGUGAGGAAACGCCUAUCCUAACAAGUGUUGUUUCUCAUGCAAAGGCUAGUCCAACCAAAAACCCACCUGCACUGGCAACUGAA